CUGGUCUAAUUGUGCCGCGCCAAUUUUGCCUUGCCACAAUAGAAUGAGGAGGAGGAGGGGGAGGGUACGGGCGUUAAGGCUAUUGGCCCCUGAUCCUAUUAAGACCAAACAACCACCCAGCGACUCGGAUUCGAGGUCACUGUAAGAUAGUACAGGCCUAUCGGAGGAGGUUUCCAGGAAUCGCAUCUUCACUACCGACGACCAUGUCGACGCCUCCGACGGCAAGUACUACGACGCUCACCGCGCACCUUCUCUCCCUCUCGACGCCGCGCCCAUAUUCAGCAGUCACUGAACACCCAUUCCUCACCGCCGCCGGGCUGGGCACGCUCCCUCCUGCUCUACUCUCACUCUGGCUGGAGCAAGACAGGCUUUACGCAGCACACGGGUAUCCCGCGUUCAUCGGGAGAACGCUGGCUGCUGUCCCGUUCUCGUCGCUGGACGAAGCGGAGUCGCCGAGGGAGCGCCAGAACAAGGAGAUUGUGCGCGUACUGAGUUACGCCCUCACGAAUGUUGUGCGGGAGGUGAAUUUCUUCGGCGAUGUUGCCCGAGAGCACGGUUUGAAGCCGGACGGGUGGAAGGAGCGGAAGGCGACGAGAGACUACACUGCGGAGAUGGCUAAGGUCGGUGCAGAGGGCAGAAUCGAAGACGCAUUGGUGUUCCUGUGGGCGAUGGAGCAGGUCUACUUAGACUCAUGGCGAUACGUUGGAUCGCUGAAGCCAGUCGACGCCGAGGGCGGCACUGCACCCGCAGUCAAGUCGCUCGUCAACAACUGGACCAAUCAAGAGUUCGUCAAGUUCGUCGACGAACUCGCUCAGAUCGUGAACAGCCUUGGCAUCGAACCUGGAUCUCCUGCAUGGAUACGUGCCGAGGCUAUAUGGGCUCGGGUCGUUGAACUGGAAGAGGCGUUCUGGCCCGUCGGGGAGAGGAGCUCAUCAUGCUUAGCGAGAAGAUAUAGAGGUCUUGUACAAGUGAUCUGAAUGCGCAGUGCUGAGCAGUUCCCUUCAAACCUUCACUGUGAGGAAGCUUGAAGGCCUUGAGUGUGAACACUGAACGUUGAACGCUGAGCCUCGCUCGUCGGAUGUCUCGCGCGAGUCGGACAACGUCACGUACAGGCUGUUGCUUACUGGUAUGUGAGUAGUAAGUACUUCAGUGCUCGUCGUGGGAAUGUAUCACCGAAUGUUCGCUCACCAUAUCAUAUGUAGUUCUUCAUGCAACGGAAUGGGUUUGCUGGUUGGGAC